GGCGGGGCUGAUUGGGUAGGCGGGGCCUGGUCGCGCGGCAGUUCCUCUGCGGCGCUGAGCACCUGAGUGACUGGCUCCUGCCUACCACCCCGCGGAAGUCCAGGGUACUAGGCGAUGGCGGCUUUGCACCUGUCUGCCCCACCCCAGGCCGAGCUGACCUUUGAGGAUGUGGCUGUGCUCCUCUCUCAGGAGGAGUGGGGCCUUCUGGACCCUGCUCAGAGGGGCCUCUACAGGGACGUGAUGCUGGAGACCUACAGGAACCUGGUCUCCCUGGGAGCUGGGCCUGCAGGUCCCAAGCCUGGAGUGAUCACACAGCUGGAGCGAGGGAAUGAGCCAUGGGUCCUGGACACACAGGGCGUCGAGGGGAGAGAGCGACAGAAAGUUGAUGGCUCAGCUCAUGAGACCAGGACUGAGUACAAGGAGUUGACUUCAGGGAAGAUGCUUGAUGGUGGAGAACUGGGCCGACUCAGGCAGACUGUUCCCCAAGGACCUGAGCCAAGAGAGGAAUGUGAGCGUGCCGGGGAGCCGGAAGAGUGCGUGGACAAGCCUGUGGCACAGAGAGGCCCCAGGCCAGUCACACUGACCAAUGAUGCAAGUGGCCAGGAGUCUGGGGGAAGCCUCACAUUGGAGUCAAGCCCUGUUCCUGAUCAGAGACCUCACAAGUGUGACAUAUGUGAACAAAGUUUUGAACAGAGAUCAUACCUCAAUAACCAUAAGCGUGUACACAGGUCAAAAAAACCAAAUACAGUUCAUGAUUCUGGGGAAAUCUUCAGUGCAAAUUUAGUUGUUAAAGAAGAUCAGAAAAUUCCCAUUGGGAAAAGAUUGCAUUAUUGUGGUUACUGUGGGAAAGCCUUCAGGUACAGUGCUAACCUUGUCAAGCACCAGCGGCUUCACAGUGAAGAGAAACCCUACAAGUGUGAUGAGUGUGGGAAAGCCUUCAGCCAGAGCUGCGAGUUCAUCAAUCACCGGAGGAUGCACUCAGGGGAGAUCCCCUACCGGUGUGAUGAGUGUGGGAAGACAUUUAAUCGGAGGCCCAACCUCAUGAAGCAUCAGAGGAUCCACACUGGGGAGAAGCCCUACAAGUGUGGCGAGUGUGGGAAACACUUCAGCGCCUAUUCUUCCCUUAUAUAUCACCAGAGGAUCCACACUGGAGAGAAACCCUAUAAGUGCAACGACUGUGGGAAAGCCUUCAGUGACAGCUCAAUCCUCAUCCGACAUCGUCGGACUCACACUGGAGAGAAGCCAUUUGAGUGUAAAGAAUGCGGCAAAGGCUUUACCCAAAGUUCUAACCUUAUCCAACAUCAAAGAAUUCACACUGGAGAGAAACCGUAUAAAUGUAACGAAUGUGAGAAAGCCUUCAUCCAAAAAACCAAACUUGUUGAACAUCAGAGGAGCCAUACUGGAGAGAAGCCCUAUGAAUGUAAUGACUGUGGCAAAGUCUUCAGCCAGAGCACACACCUCAUCCAACAUCAGAGGAUCCACACAGGAGAGAAGCCCUACAAGUGUGGUGAGUGUGGGAAGGCCUUCCACAACAGUUCCAGACUCAUCCACCACCAAAGGUCACACCAUGGAGAGAAGCCGUACAAAUGCAGUGAUUGCAAGAAAGCCUUCAGCCAGGGCGCUUACCUCAUCCAGCACCGGAGGAUCCACACGGGGGAGAAGCCCUACAAGUGUGGCGAGUGUGGCAAGGCCUUCCGGCACAGUUCCAACAUGUUCCAGCAUCAGAGGAUCCACACUGGGGAGAAGCCCUACAAGUGUGGCGAGUGUGGGAAACACUUCAGCGCCUACCCUUCCCUUAUAUAUCACCAAAGGAUCCACACUGGAGAGAAACCCUAUAAAUGCAACGACUGUGGGAAAGCCUUCAGUGACAGCUCAAUCCUCAUCCGACAUCGUCGGACUCACACUGGAGAGAAGCCAUUUGAGUGUAAAGAAUGCGGCAAAGGCUUUACCCAAAGUUUUAACCUUAUCCAACAUCAAAGAAUUCACACUGGAGAGACCCUGUAAAUGUAACGAAUGUGAGAAAGCGUUCAUCCAAAAACCAAACUUGUUCAACAUCCGAGGAGCCACACAGGGGAGAAGCCCUGCAAGCAUGGCAAGCGUAGGAAGGCGUUCCAGCACAGUCCACUGUGUUCCUGCAUCAGAGGAUCCAUAGCA